UUGAUCGGACUCGUGUCUGUCUGUUCUGUCUGUCUGUGACGGCCAUUUCUUCAGUAGUACCUCAAUGGAUAGAUUGCACACACGCAUACCACGCAGGCAGGAAAACAGAGCCAGUCAGCCACUGACUGACUGACUGACCAUGGAAAGAAAGAGCCCGGGCAAACACAAUGAAUGCGGCUGCUGAUUCGUGAGUGCUUUGAUGUCGUUGUGAUGGACGGACAAGUUGAUGCCGUCCAUCACAGCGACAUCAAGCCAUUCACGAAUCAGCACGCAUGUGUCCGACACAUACAUGGCUGACAAAUAAAUGUGACAUCUCACUCACUCUCUCUGAAGAAAAUGCCAACACUCCAACAGCCAGCCAUGCAAUUGCACAUCCAUCCAUGCCAUGCAAUUUGAGAAGUACUACACACACACAGGCAAUCAACCCAGCGAGCCUCUCCCUCACUGUUGGCCGAUCCCCUGCCUGCCUGCCUGUCUGUCUGCCUGUCUGUUUGUCUGCGCGUCUGAUGUCCACGGCUCUUUGGUGUGGACGACCAGACCAACACGCACAGAUACAUACGCGAGGGAGAGGGAGGAUACAUUGUGAUAUAUAUAAGGAGGAGUGAUGGGUCCCGAAAGCCUAGUAGCUUUCUGCUUUUCUGCAGGGCCUGCCUGGCCUGUCCAUCAGAGCAAACACAACACCCAAACACUCACACAUGGAGAGAGACAUCAUAUGUGACGAGCAACGCAGUAUAUAUACACACAGACAUACAUACGUACGUACACACACACAUACAGAUAGAUGUAUAUGUACACGCCGUGCCGUGCCGUGCCAUGCACCCACCCUACCCCGCCAGUGAGUGCCUUCCUCGGCUGGGCUGGGCUGGGCUGCGUUGCGUACACCAUAUCAAUCGCAUCGCAUCGCAUCAGCCGGCCGGGACAAAUGUAUGUGCAGCAGUAAAGAAAGAGCAAACCGACUGAAGCCGGCAUGAUCCUGGCUGUGGUGAGUGACACAUGCAUGUCUGCGCCAUGCAUCCCCCCUUUUCGGCCUUGUCAUGCAUGUGACUGCGCCAUUCUCACUGAACCCAUUUGAAGUGAAGUGAGUCACACCUACCCUCCCCCCUCCUCCCUCCCAUGUGCACUGGAGAACAAGUCCGGAAAAGCCCACACAGAUGAACCACGGCCGCCCAGAUCACCACCUGCCCCCCUCUGCUGCCGCACACCCGAAGGCGACAGUCGGCUACUCUCGUCCUUGCUGGCCAGAGGGGUGGUCUGUGCGUCGGUGCCUGUCAGAGGUCGCUUCCAUAUGUCGCUGAGAGGCACCGGGCGGUCCUCGGCCUUGUUACAGACAGCCGACAGACCAGUACUGGCGUCCCAUGCGCUGCCGAGGGAGGGCGAGGGAGAGGGUGAGGGGCUGGACGGCUCUUUGUGGUCGUGUGUGGGUGAGGAGGAGUGGAAGGGGAGGGCGGGAGAGAUGUCCAUGGCAGAGAACAGACGGGCCAGCUCCAGCUGCUCCUGGGAGCAGCAAAUAGGAGGAAAGAGCGAAGAAUGACCGUCGGUUGUGGGCCUUCUUGUGUGGCAAUGCAUUCGUGGGUGCGGCCGGGCUGGCUCACCUUGACGUGUUUCUGUGCGUUUUCCUGGUCGGACUCCCUCUCGCGCCGACGGUUCUUCUUGCGCUUGGCGUGGGGGUGGUGACCUGACAAACACACACACACACACACACACACAUAUACACACAAGCGCCCAUGAUAAUCGAGGCCAAGCAACGGCUCCUCUGUGCGUGGGUUGGCUCACAGAAGAGGCAUAGGAAGCCGUUCCUGCAUCCCUUGGUGUGGACGAAUGCGCACGGCUUGCAUAUGCCCUCGUCAUGCAGCGGGGCCAUGGAGCCGACAGACAGCAGAUUGCCGUUGUCGUCCCGCGGUAUCCUGCUGAUGAGCUUUGGGGUUAUCCGCAGGUUUGGGCUCAACGCCCCCGUCGACAGGGCCACAACAAGCUGAAAUAUGGGACAGACAGACAGCCAGCAGACGCAGCCAAGAAUGCACCACCGACGAGACCCAUUCGUGUGUGUAUGUGAAGGAAAGGGGCCUACCUCUUGCACGACGUCGUCAUCGUCUUCUCCCUCCGUGCCGUCCACACCAGACAACAAACCUUCCUCACACCUCGGACCUUCACCCGGCAGACCAUUAUUCCCACUCAAGCCCCCAGCCCGCAGCCCAAACAGCCCCCCCAUUGCAGGCGGCGAGAACACCUCCUCGUUGGACGAGGCUUCGCUCGCUAUGGUCCGGCUAGACACAGCGGCCGACACGGCCACAGGGGUGGGCGACAGGGGAGAGGGGGAGGGGGAGGGGGCCGACUCGCGGUCGAGGGGCAGCUGGGGCGGCACCUGCUGGGUGUGGUCCAGAGAAACGCUCCUCCUCUGCAUGAAGGGGGACGUCGAGGGGAACAGAGACCUCUCAACGAAGUAAUGAUAGUGCGGCGUGUCGUCAGUGGGGAAGGGCUGUUGUGCGAUGGUGCGGCCUGCCGCCGCGCCCGCCUCAUACGACGACAUAUUGACCAGAGGGGUCAGGCCGUCGGCAGCAGAGUGCACGGGGAACGACGAUGCCGCUGCCGCUGCCGCUUUGCUCGCAUAGCUGUCGAGGGUAUAUAAGUAGGCCGUGGGAUGCUGCCGCAAGACCAUCCUCGCUUUGGACGGACGGUCCUCUGGCGUGUAGGGCGGGGGAGGGGGUGGAGGAG